GAUAACCUGGUUUGACAUGAGUUCAUUUGUGCUUGGUACUAUUAAUUCUUCCCCGAGUCUUCAACCAUAUUGAUUCAUCGUCCUCUGUUUUUUCGUUUUAUUUGUAACACUCUUCAUUCCUUGGAAAUUAAUUUAACUUGUGUAGAAAAGCAGGCGACCGUAGUAUUCAAGUCGUUUGUGUGUGUGUGUUGUGUUCACAGAAGUGACUUUUUAAGCACAUCUACAAGUGGUCGGGCUAUUUCGGAACUGGUGAUGAUGGCUGGACUGGGAGUACUACUAUGUGUUUUGAUGAGUCUAGUUCACAUCCAGGCUGUUGAAGUUUGUGUUAAAGUGGGGCCUUGCUCUUGUACAUACGCGGACAAACAUAUAGAUCUGAGCCCCUUGGCUCAAAACCCUGGGCCCAGGUUCAAGGACAUGUAUGACCAAUACUACAAUAAUCGAUUCUCUUACAAUCCUUGUAUCGCAUUCACAGAGAGCACGUGCGCCAACAUGGCGGUAUGUCAACUAAACCUUCAAGGACAAUAUUUCCCCUGUGGGUCCCAAGAAUCAAGUGUCUUCGUGAGCUCAGACGUGGGCGUCACCCUUCAAUAUUCAUAUCAUGAUGGCGCUGUCACAAGAACUAGUAAUGUAGAGCUGGUGUGUGCAACAGACGACACAGUUAGUCUAGAAAUUCUGGGAGAGAAUCCUUCGUUAUUUUACAGCUUCAAGUUACACAGCAAGGCCUGUUGCCCACAAGAUGGCGCGUUGUCUGCCAUAGUAACAGGAAUCUCUGUUGGGACUGUCUUGGUCAUCAUAUUUUUCUCAGCUCUAGUUUUGUAUCUUCUGGUCGGAGUUUCAUUCCAAAAAUUUGCCCGUAAAGCAAGUGGCAAGGAAGUGAUACCAAACUAUACAUUUUGGUCAGGAUUUCCCGGUUUAGUUAAGGAAGGAGCCUGUUUUGUCGUCACUCGAGGGAAAGGGAGGUCAGGAUAUGAUAAGGUUUAAAGGAAUCAAAAUUUGUCGAGUUAUCUGCCUUGGUUUUAAUUGUAUCAUUUCAAGUGUGAAGACACAUGAAUAAGAUCGUGAUACAAUCAUUUCAUGGUACUAGUUUUAGUAUCAUUUUUUUUUAAAACUCAUCUCAUUAUUACCAUCAGAAGUAUAAUUAUAGGAAAUUAUUAAUUACUGGAUGAUCUAAUUUAAAAUGUGGACUUCUCUGUCUAUUUAUUUAUAAAAUUUCCUUUUUUUUUUUUUAAGCGGUUUUAUUCGUUUUGUGCUGUUUGCUAGUCUGUCACAUUCACAUUUCAAACUCAAAAACUAAAGAGCUCUCUUCACGAUCAACUAACCAAUGUCAAGGAUGCUAAAUUGAACUUCAAUGUUGCCAACUAAAUGAAUAAAAAAAAAAAGCUAGAUACGGAAGAGGUUAGAACAUUUGAAUCUGCAGUGCUUAAAAAGUGAAACAAAAAAAAAUAUAAAAACUUAGCAAGAUUUCCUUUAUUCUGUACACGGGUCACACCAAAAAAAACCACAAAAAAAAACCUAGAUAUUCAUAGAUUUCUCAACCAUAGAUGAAAAUCUCUAAUUGAAAUCUAUCAUUUGUAUCAUCACUUGUAUAAUCACUUGUAUCAUCACUUACAUCGUGCUCAAUCUAAGAGCUACUUUGUUAUGUUCGAUGCAGUAUGCAAGUUAUUAUUUUUUCCAUGCAUUAAUAUUUAAACAGCAGAACUUAGAAAUGGUGUACAUGUAUAGUUUAUAUUGCCGUGUGGCAACCACUGCAUAGCAAAGUAGAGGGAACAAACUUUUGUAUUUUCUAUCUACCAGUAGAUAUGUAUGGUUUUCGAUAUUUGCAUCAAAUGAAUAUAAUUUAAUUAUAUGUGUCCAUAGCUACUUUUUUGUCUUCUGAAAGCUAAACAUUUGUUUGUUUUAAAAUUAGUAUUCAUAUUGAAUGCCGAUGUAUAAAAAUGUGGAAAUAAAAAUGAUUUAAUUGGCAGUUUGUGUCAGUAGCGUAGCCAGGUUGGGGGGAGCCAAAUGAGGAAAUUGUUUUUACAUUAAAUAUUAAAUAUUACGCUAAAUGCAGGAAGUCAAGCCCCCCCCCUCCCGGGCCCCCAAAUGAUGUCAAAUUCCUAGCUACGCCACUGGUUCAUGCUAUUCUGCAAUAGAUGAAAUGUUGGUAUAUGUACUUAUGUGUAAGAGUACGAGUACGACUGAGCUACUGUAGCCACUUGCGAGUUUAGUAUCUCACACAAACUUCCUUUUUAAAUUUUGUUUAUUUAUUUUGAAGCAGAGUGGCCAUGAAUAUGAGGAAAUACAAAAUAUGGAAUACGGUCUAUUCAGGAACUUUUUACGCGAAACAAUUACUGAAAAAAAAAAGUUUUGUGUUAUUUAUUUGUACAUUACUAUGCAUAUACAUUUCAACAUAAUAUGUAUGUUACAUAAAUCAUCUUGUUUGAUCUAUCUAUAUCUCAAAGUGCAAUAAAUAUUUUCAUUUUAUGUA